AUGCUUGCAUGUCUUAUCAUUAUUCUUCUUAGUGUCAGGAUCCUUUCGUCUCUCUGUCCAAUUAACAGUUCCGAGCUCAUCAUCUAUAAAGAUCUUGCCUACUGUCUACUCACUAUUGUAUUUGUCCCGGAGGUUGGCAACUGUUCCCUCCCCUCGGACGGAAUGCUCGUCAGGCUUCAGGCAGGAACGUGGAGCUUUCUUGUUGAGCUUACAAAUAUAGCCUUUACUAGUCUAGUUUCUCUUCGCUUUACAUGCACAGACAUUAUGGAAGGCGGGAACCCUGAAUGUAUGCAGGAGCUCGAUGGUCUUCAACUUUUCUACGUAUCCUUCAUGAGGGACAUUCAAGACGAGGGUUUCAGCAUUCCCAUUCUGCACUCUGUAUCGCGGGUCCAUGACUUGGCUAAGUCGUGGACAGACCCCUACUUUGUACUCUAUUCCGAUGUGGCUACUGGCAUUUCGAAGACAUGCAUGCACUUCAUUCCUCGAUACAUCCCCUUACCCGUGCGUGUGCAGCAUCCUAUGGUUUGCAACAUCACUGGAACAAUGUCGUGGGUAAUUAGCGAUAAGACGACGGUGACUAUACCACUUGACGACGACUUUCUGCAAACAGAUCCCAUCUUGGGACUUAGAUACUAUAAUCAUACGGCAAUAACACAGGUAUGUGCGAGCUGCACCACCAGCCUUGUGUCUUCCUCCUCAAACUGCGAUAUUUCAUCUUCUAUAAUCUAUGGAUACACUCCAAACGUCACUAUUCGCCUGGACUAUAUCACCGGUUAUCUUGUUCAUGAAGAAGGCGAUGUUAGCAUUAACAAUGACAACAUUCAAAGCCUUUCCUUUUCGUCGUUUGGCUCGUGCUCGCAGUCUGAUCUAGUUUACACCUGCUUUUGGACUACAGACGGUAUCAUAAUGGACAGGUGUAUGCGUCAGUAUUAUUUCUUUCGUGACGACGCGCCCAGUUGGUGCUACACUGCGGUGAAAAGUACACUUAUAGGUUCCAACCUAACAAUGUUCUACAACAACACCUAUCUGUCUGAGUCUCUUCAAGAUAAGCUGACGGUAGAGCCUAAUCCACUCCAAAUACUGAGCACCAGCUGUACCAACAGGGGCUUUUACAAUACUGUCUUCUGGGUAGAGUACGACCUGAAAAGGUUUUUCACAUCAAAUACUUAUAAAGCCACAGAGCUAACAAUGGAUAACGUUAUUAUCGCAAUCCAAACAAAAUUUCAAGCAAGCGAUAAAAAGAUCUUUCACCUUUUGCACCACGUUAAGACGCUCUAUGUUCCUUGCCUUAUGCGUCCGCAGCUUAUUGUUUAUGCGAAUUACAUACAGUUCUUUUUCAGAGAUUUCAUAAAGUAUACAACCACAACGUCGUGCUAUUCUCUUCUGCUUCCAAACUAUUCUCACACUGUCGCCAUCAACAACCUAGUGGCUGAGAGCACAAAGGAUAGAAAGAUCAAUGUCUGCACAUCUGCGCUCAACAACACUGACGAAAAGCUCGCUUAUACAUCCACUAUUACCGACAUCCGGUUGGAGUUCUAUGAGCAGUUUCCUUUUACCGAAACGUACCAGGACCAAGUACUUCUCGGCGAUUUCUAUCUCUCAACUUCGAUACCAGACACAUACUUCUAUCAGAAAAAACAUAUCACAAUAACUUGCAAAAACUAUAUGCCUGCGAAAAGCCUCAACUGUUGGGAUCUACUUAAGGAAAUCCGUCUUCAGCACUACCGCAAUACACUCUCUGCAGUUAUAUUCUUUAAUGACGUGCCCUACAAAGUCUCCACGAUCGUGUUCAAAGAGACCUACUUAAUGAUAGUAUUUACCAUAGGAGCAUGCCUAAUGGUCGGACUUUUGGGAGUGAUAUACGCAUUAACAACCUCAAGGGUCUUCGAAAAGAAGGAGGGUGUCAAUUCACAGCAAGAGGAAGCACUGUCAUAA